AUGAAUCAUACGAGAGGUCAACUGACAACUGGCUUGGCUGUUUCCGUCCAAAAACUCGAACCUCCGUGACUGGGUCGGCCACGGCAAUCUCGAAAUCAACGAGAUCGGCGACCAACACGGAGAUCUCGAACCUCAGGAAAGAUCCAACACAACCGAGGUGGAGGUGGUCUCGAGGCAGCGGUGUUGAAUUGACGAUGUGUGACAUUUGGGAGGAAUUCCGGGCGGCGCUUUGCAUAUCCGGUGGAAACCGCCGCCCGCCCCCAACCCUCCCUCCCCCGAAUCUCGCCGGCGGCGGUGACGAAGAUGGCGGUGGUGUCGAAAGUGGCGGCGGCCAGGAGGAGGGGGACAUCAUCAGUGCGCUACCCGACGACGUCCUCCUCUUCAUCCUCAGCCGCCUCCCGUCCGCCGCCGCCGCGCGGACCAGCGUCCUCUCCAACCGCUGGCGCCUCCUCUGGGCGCAGCUCCCGGUGCUGUGGUUCCCGCUCCCCGCCGAACCGGCCCGCGCGCUGCCCUCGCCCGCUACCGCCGCGCGGACCAGGGACCGCUCCCACCGUUGGCGCCGCCGCCUCUUGGCGCAUCUCCCAGCGCUGCGGUUCCCGCUCCCCGUCGGACCGGCCCGCGCGCUGCCCUCGCUUGCCUCCGCUCGCGCCGCACUCACCCAACACUCGGCACCCUCGCUCUGGAUCCUGAGGAUAGACGCUAACGACGCGGACCCGGUGGACGCGGCCGCGGUACUCCGCCUCGCCGCGCCCCGCCUCACCAACGCGCUCUUUCUCCGCAACGUGGUACCCGAGGAUCGGAAGAAGGCCGUAGUGAUGGAAGUCAUUGAGCUGCCCUGCUUCGACAGGGCUGCACAUCUUUUCCUCGACUUAGGUUACCUUCGCCUCGCAUUUCCACCGUCGGGCGUGUUCACGAAGCUCACUGUGCUAGUUCUGAGCCACGUCCGGUUCCAAGGCGCCUUGGACAUCGGCGACACCUUGUCGUCGGCCCGCUGCCCUUCGCUGCGACUACUCCAUCUCUUCGACGCCCAAGGGGUGUCCAACCUUGGCAUCUGUUCGGAGUCUCUCGUCAGUAUGGUUCUGCAUAACCUGAAAGGGUUACAGCAGCUCAGGGUUGUGUCGCCAAUGCUGAGAGAUCUGCAUAUGUUUAAUUGCUUCUUCAAGAGGCAACCGGUGGCCAGCAUCACUGCUCCAGUGGCUGACAUCACUGCUCCGAUUCUGGAAAAGUUCGGGUGGCUUGAUGAAUAUGAUCCGAGGUGGGUCCAGCUGGGUGAAUUGUCCCAGCUACAGGUACUGGCGAUCUCCUUCUUUGCAGGUGCAUGGUAUGGAUUGGUUGAACAUCAGUACAACCGGGGCAGUGUGAAGUUGUUGCAACGCUUUAGGGAGAUCCGCGAUCUUCACAUCACGAUCUUCUAUCCAAUUAAGAUCGUUUACUUCCACUACUGCACGGAAGGCCUGACCUCGCUGCUGGCUAAGAAAUUACACCUGAUCCUUCUAACAUGUGGACAUGCUAUUGGCUCUUGUGUGUUCCAUCUCCUUAAGAUUUCUACUAGGAUAAGAAGUCUGUUUCUGGAUAUACGUGAAUCCAUUAAGGAACGAGCUGCUUGUUCACCAGACUGUGCUUGUCACCAGCAGCAUGACUGGGAAAGCGAGGAGCUCGUGCUGAACUCUCUCCAGGAACUGAACGUUUGCGGACUUAGAGCAAACCGUGACUUCAUGUUUGUGAAACGACUGCUGGGCUGGAUGGGAGCGCUCAAAUCAGUUACCAUAAUCUUCGAUCCUAAAGCCACUGUCCACGAGGAGCUCUGCGAGGAGCUACUGGGCCUCUCUGGACCAGAGACUUGCGUGAAGAUUUACCUGUAUCGCGAUGGGGCAAAGGUGAUGUAUACACCGGUAGGCUAGGGCAGUUUUAAGGGCGGAGAGUUCUCUUUCGCUGUUGCUGAGUAGUCUCAUAUGGCUGUAGCAGUGUAUAACUGUGAAUCCAUGUGCUUGCUUCUGUUCUCGAAGACAUACACCUUGUUUAGGUUGUUACAAUUGUUAAGGAUUUGUCUGGUGCAGCUGUAGAUUCAUAAAAAGUGAACUGAGAAUUGUGAAAAACUAAAAUUUAUUUGGUUAAAGUAAAUGUUAACUAUAGAUUUUAUAA